CCCUCUCCUCGUUGCCCUCUUGUAAGAAGGAAAAAGAACGUCCGAUUCUUCUGACAUUUGCAGGUGCAUUGUCCAAUAUGGAUGACUUCUUCGGAAAAUUGAAGAAGGCCCUUUUCGAGUCUGAGGAAUCGAUGGGAAAUGAAGAACUUUCCGAGGCUUCACUUUCUCGUGUUGGCCAUCACAAUCAUGGUCUUGUGCCGGGCAAAGCUGAGAGUGAGGCUGCCAUUCAUCGCAUGAAAGAAACUUCUGUCGACAGUGUCACACCAACACGGAUGAUUAUCACUGAAAAUGUGCAGAAUCUCGAUGAUGUCGCUUCUUCCCAGCUGCCUUCAAUGAAGAACAUUUCAAGAACGAUUCAGAGGAAGAGAGAGAAGAACAGCAAUAAUCCGGAUCUUCCUCAGUCUCAUAUAGGUUUCGAGAUCCCGGACGCGUUCAAGGUGACAAGCAAGGGUACUAAGUUCCUUCUUUUUGAUAGCGGCAAGAAUGACUCAAAUAGGAUUCUGAUCUUCUGUGCAGAAAGAAAUCUUGACCUCCUACAGGAUUCGCAGCAUAUCUUCAUGGAUGGUACCUUCAAAGUAGUUCCUGCGAUAUUUUUUCAGCUCUUCACAAUUCACGCGUUGGUUUUUAGCGCCACGGUCGUUCCUCUUGUCUAUGUUCUCAUGCAUUCCAAAACAGAGAACGACUACGUGAGAGUGAUGGAAAAGUUAAAUGAACUUCGUCCAAACCUUAAUCCUGCAACAGUGCUGAGCGACUUUGAAAAGGCCUCUAUCAAUACCACUAAAAAGGUCUUUCCAGAAGUCACACAAUCAGGUUGUCUUUUUCUUCUUUGCCAAUCUCUGUAUCGCAAAGUGCAAGGCGAAGGCCUUCAGGCUGCCUACGGGACUGAUCCACAACUUUCAAUUCACCUCCAAAUGCUACCAGCACUGGCUUUUGUUCCCUCUGACGAAGUGGCUGAUGCUUUCCAGGAUCUCGCCGAAGUCCUUCCAGAGCCUCGGAAAAAGAAAUACAAGGCAGCUGAUGAUCGCCUCCUGACCUUGGUCGAGCAGCGGCAGUCAAGGGAUGUCCUCAGGGACGCCAGGAGGUCCGAGUAG